UAUCCCAAUUUUUAAAAUAUUUAUUUCCAAAAUCCCAAUUGCUAUUCUCUCGGAUUCCGUUUUUAUUUAAAACCGUUGAAAAUUUUAAAACUAAACGCAGUUGAAAACUUAGCCAGCUUACAGCUACUUUUAAGCCGCCGCCAAUAUAUUUCUAAUGUUAGCCACCCACCGAUUUCGAUAAUAUUUGUCGGCACAGAGCUCUAGUGUGUGUUAACAAAAAAGACGAAAAAAGUAAAUAAUUUUUAUUAAUACGUGUUAAUUAAUAAAAAUAGACUUUGUAAUAUAAAAAUUCAGCCAAUUAACAAAUGUGUAAAAGAGUUUUAAUAAAACAGUAAGGAUGAAAAACAAGUUCAUACUUCUUCUAUUAUUUACGACCGGCUUGCUGAUUGACGAAACAAUACAACAGGCUGUUUUUAAGGAGACACAAGAAGGUAAACAACUAUUACGUACUGCAAGAGCAGCGGUCGAUGCAAACUUAGCAUCCAAGGAUCACUCUCUAAUCGAUAACCAUGACUGCGAGGAACUGAAGACACUGUGUACGCACAUUAAAACAACUGAUAACCUUGCGAUCUUAGAAUGUGUGUCAACUUUUACAUCUAGUCAAUUGGAGGCAAUGCCAGAUAAAUGUCAACAUGCUAUAUGGCGAGAGACGAAAGAAAUGAUAAGAGCGAAAUGGGUAGAAGAUAAUCUAUUGAAGAGCCAAUGUGCCAAAGAAAGAGACUCAUUGGAGUCGUGUAUUAAUGCCGUAGAUAUAUGGACGUGUAUUAAGGACCGCGCUUUACAAUUGGAACAUGGCAAUAAAUGUCGUUCUUACAUUAAACGUGUACAUGCUGUGUUCUUUCCUGAUUUUGAAAAUCUUGGAGACUUUUUCAAUUCUUGUUCUAUGGAAAUAGAUCAAUUGGAAUGUGGUCGUUUGAAUAUAGAACACAGACCUAUAUCCCAAUUGGAAACUGUAGAUUGUUUGCAGCAGACAGGUGCCGAUAUUCUGGGACAACCUUGUAAAUUAAGUAUUGCACGUAUUGAACUACAAGAAGCAGAUUUGAAAUUUUUUGAAAUCUGUUCAGUGGAUUUAAAAAAUUUGUGUCCACAAGAAGUGACUGGCACACCGGGAGCCUUUAAAUGUUUGGUAAAAAAUAAAAGUAAUCCUGCCAUGAGCAACCGCUGUAGCGAUAAGAUAUCACAGAGAGAUCGCGAGAUAGCCAAAGACUAUCGUAUUUCUCAUGGUUUAGCAAAGGCUUGUAAGGAUGACAUUAAACAACAUCAUUGCCGUCGUGGAGUAUCCGAGGAUAAACAGGUACGUUUAGCUCAGAUUCUCCUUUGUUUGGAAACAGUAGAGAAGAAUGGCACAAAAAUAGCUCCCGAAUGCAGGGCUGAAAUUGACGAUCAUCGGCGCAUGUUAAUGUCAGAUGGUCAAUUGUCACCGGAAAUUCUUAAUGAUUGUUCCGAUGAUAUACCGAAAUUCUGUGGAAAUGUUGAUAAAUUAUCGAACAUUGGUAUGGGCCAAGGAACGGGAGGAGAAAUUAUUCAUUGUUUGAUGGAACAUGCACGCAAAAGACGCAAGGAUAGACGCAUUACCUCUCAGUGCCAAAGAUCUUUGGAAAAUCUUAUAAAGGUAUCGGAUGUUGGUGAGGAUUGGCGUGUCGAUCCGGUUUUACGGAGAAACUGUAAACCAGUUGUUGAUGUAGCGUGUCGUGAUACAGAUGGUGGUGAUGCUCGUGUUAUGUCUUGUUUGAUGGAGCAACUAGGUACACCUGCCAUGACUCCUGAUUGUGAACAUUCAUUGCUGCUUAUACAAUAUUUUGUGGCCAGGGACUUUAAAUUGGAUCCUCAAUUGUAUAAACAUUGCCAUGAUGAUGCCAUUCAAUAUUGUCAUGCCAAAAAACAAUGGGAUGAUGUUACCGAUAUACAAAUGGAUCCUGAGCGAGGACCACUCAUACUGCCCUGUCUUCAUCGCAUGGCCUAUAGUGAUGAUGAGCAAAAUUCCCUUAGACCCGCCUGUUUUAAAGAAGUUAAACGUGUUAUGCGCCAAAGAGCUGUCUCGGUAGAUCUAAUACCUGAAGUUGAGGAUGCCUGUAUAGAAGAUUUGUCCUAUUAUUGUUUUGAAAAUACCGGUAAAGGUGCUGAAAUGGAUUGUUUGCAAAUUCAUUUGGAAAAACUACAAACUUCCUGCAGGGAAGCUGUCACACAAUACACAGAGGAAGAGGCUGCCCAUGUUGAAUUGAAUCCUGUUAUAAUGUCUGUUUGCACCGAAGCCAUGAAGACUCACUGCAGUCACAUACUCAAGGGUGGCAAGGACAAGGGCGAUAUGAUGGAUUGUUUAAUUUCUCAUAAAAAUGAUGCCGAUUUACGUCAGGAUCUCAAAUGUCGUGCUGCUAUAGAACAUUUUCAAAUAAUUUCCUUGAAAAACUAUCAUUUCACCUAUAAGUUUAAAGAAGCGUGUCGUCCAUAUGUAGUGCGUUUUUGUUCGGGUAGUAGAACCAAAAAUGAUGUUGUUGCAUGUCUCAGUGAGGUAAUGCGUAAUGACACAAUACGUGGUCAACGUCCCCGUAUACCCAAAGAAUGUAGACAACAAGUUAAGGCUCAAUUAUAUCAGCAGAGAGAAUCAUUGGCUUUAGAUCCAAAAUUGGCAAAUGCCUGUAGCAAGGAGAUCGAAGAGUUUUGUUCCGACAAAAAGGGACCAGGAGAGGUGAAUAACAAGAAUGCCUUAGAAUGUUUAGCUAUGAAUACACCACGCUUGGGAAAUUCCUGUCAUCAUGCUAUAUUUUUGGUGAAAAAAUCCGAAUUGGGCGACAGUGCCACUGAUUAUACAUUAAUCAAUACUUGCAAGGAAAUGACCUAUAAAUAUUGUUCGAAAACAGAUCCUAUGCGUUUGCUGGAUUGUUUGAAAACCUAUAAAGAUGAUCCGACAUUUGAUGCCCGCUGCCAUUUGGUGGUGGUUAAUCGUAUGAUUGAACAAAAUACUGAUUUUAGAUUUAAUCCAACAUUACAAUUACAUUGCGGUAAAAAUAUCGAUCGUUAUUGUUCAGAUAUUGUAGCUAAAGCCGAACCAAAUGAAGAGCUCAAUGGCAAGGUUAUACAAUGUCUAAAAGACAAAUUCCGUAAAUCAUUAUUAGACGAAGAAUGUUCACAGGAAAUGGUGAAAAUACUGCAAGAGCAAGCGCUCAACUAUAAAUUAAAUCCUUUAUUGCAAACAUUCUGUAAACAUGAAAUUGCCGUUCUGUGUCAUCCCGAAAAAAUGGUUAAAGAACAUGGUUUAGUCGAAGAAUGUCUAAAGAAUGCAUUCCUUAAUGAAAAAAUCAUUAAUAAAGAUUGUCGUUUAGAAGUGGCGACAUUGAUAGCUGAAGCUAAGGCUGAUAUACAUGUGGAUCCUAUAUUAGAAGAAGCCUGUACAGAUGAUUUAUUACGUUAUUGUUCGAAUGUUAAAAAGGGCAAUGGAAGAAAAUUGAAAUGUUUACAAACAGUUUUACAAGAUCAUUCCAAAGCCAUGGAACAGGAUUGUCGCCUGAAAUUACAAAAACGCAUUGAAAUGUUUAGAAAUGCUGAUACGGUCUUAGUACAACCACCGGAAAAUAUGGAACAAUUAGUUAAUCAAGUUGUUAGCUCACCAGCUAAAAAAUUCUUUAUUGUUAUACUUAUGACAGCGGUGGGCAUGAUCUUUAUAAUGGGUAUAUUUUUGGGUCGUGUUACAAAACGUGCAAUGAAUACUAAAAAUAAAUAAUAUUUAUUAAUUAAGUAUGAUACAAAA